AUGCUGAAUAAAUGGACAGAAUCUGGCAUGUUGCUGAGCAUAGCUGUCAUUUAUCUCUGGACACUGUGGAGAACAUGUUGCUUGGCCUGGACUGCUCACCCCAUAUUAAGCACAAAGAACAUUAGACCUACAUUCCUACAAUAUGCACUAAACAGCUCUGAUCACUGUGUAAAAAAGGUGAAAGUGUCUUCUAUGAAUUUAUGGAGCGUGUCAGUGGAAGAUGUCCUAGGUGAAUUGCCAGUAGAUCUUAUCAAGAAAAACUACCUAAGAAAAGUCAAAGAUUGUAUCUUCUCUUAUAUCUACCCAACUCCAUUUGCAUCUGAGGUACAACUUGUCGCCUUCUCUGAGGAUGUUCUGGAUGGUCUGCUGGAUCUUGACUCAUCUGUUGCAAACUCUGUAGAUUUUCUACAGUUUGUUAGUGGUAGUAAAACAGUUCCAGGCUUUGUUCCAUUGGCACAUAGAUAUGGAGGUCACCAGUUUGGCAUUUGGGCUGGUCAGUUGGGAGAUGGAAGAGCACAUUUAAUAGCCACUUAUAUUAACAGGUUUGGUGAGAGAUGGGAACUUCAAUUAAAAGGAUCAGGGAAAAACACCCUAUUCCAGGGACGGUGAUGGGAGAGCUGUGUUCCGUUCUUCUGUAAGAGAGUUCCUGUGUAGUGAGGCCAUGCAUUACUUGGGGAUUCCCACCAGCAGGGUUGCCAGUCUUAUCGUAAGCAAUGAAGCAGUUUGGAGAGACCAGUUCUACAAUGGAAAUGUGAAGAAAGAACGGGGAGCAAUGGUAUUAAGGGUUGCAAAAUCAUGGUUUCGGAUUGGUUCACUUGAAAUUUUAGCCAAUUAUGGGGAAUUUAACCUGCUAAGGCAGUUAGUGGAUUUCAUCAUUAAGGAGCACUUCCCAUCCAUCAACACAACUGAUCCUGAUAGACUAUUGGCAUUUUUCUCUACCGUGGUUUCUCAGACUGCAGAUAUGAUUGCAGGAUGGAUGUCUGUAGGAUUUGCACAUGGUGUGUGCAAUACUGACAACUUCAGCUUGCUUUCAAUCACCAUUGAUUACGGUCCAUUUGGCUUCAUGGAAAAAUAUGAUGCUGAUUAUAUUCCAAACACAUCUGAUGAUGAAGGAAGGUAUAGGAUCGGAAACCAGGCCAACGUUGGAAUGUAUAAUCUGAACAAGCUGCUUCUAGCUUUGAACCCUCUUAUGGACAGCAGACAAAGGCAGCUAGCUUCAGCUGUACUUACAGGCUUUCCUGACCUGUAUUACUACAGAUUCACAGAACUCUUUAGAGCCAAGCUUGGCUUCCUAGGUGGAAGUGAAGAGGACCUGUCAUUGAUUGCAUCCUUCCUUAAUCUGAUGGAAGAAACUGGGGCUGAUUUUACAAUGUCAUUUCGUCACCUUAGUGAGAUUACUUUAGACCAGCUAUCCAGUCUCAACAUCCCUCAGGAAUAUUGGGCACUCCAGGAGCUUAGCAAACAUAGUAAUUUCCCAGCAUGGAUUUCUGCAUACCUGCAAAGACUGCAAAGGAAUCCAGAAGAAUACAAUGCUAAAAGAAGAGUACAGAUGAUGAAGACUAACCCUAGAUACAUCCUGCGUAACUGGAUGGCAGAAUCAGCAGUUCGCAAGGCAGAGGGGAAUGACUUUACAGAGGUUCGUCUACUGCAGAGAGUUUUUACGUCGGCCCUUUCACAGGCAGGAGAUGGCAGAACAUGCUGGGUACUCCCACAAACCUCCAGAAUGGGCUAAAAACCUAAAAGUAAGCUGCUCGUCAUAA